UCAUGCAAAAAAUGUAGGAUAACUACAUCGUUACAUAACUGCCAAACUUCCGAGAAUCAUGGCCCAGCUAAGUUGACACACAACGUUAAUCCUUACAGCCAGCGUAACUGGCCUCAUACCCCAGCCAGGUAAGUUGCAAGUGCCAUCCAAUAAGUAUAUCCUGAGGACGAUGGCUACGGUUUUAAAAGGCUGUCUGGAGCCCUUGUCCCCUCUGCUGAUGCAUUCUCAGGGACCCUCACCAACCGCCUCCUCCCCCACCAAUUUCAUCGGGUGCCCUCUGGACCAUGGCAGGUGGACAAACAGCACAGACCCAGCUGCUACCCUGAGGUUUAAAAUGCAAGUUCUGGACCCCAGCCCUAAUGCUUCCCCGAGGCCACUCACUUAACAUGCUUAUUGGUCCCACCACCCUUUGCUACACUUAAAGAGUCUGCCUCACAGGAGCCACUACCAAAGUUCAAGGAAGAAUUCUACCCCUUAGUUCUACAGAACUAGCUUACAAUGGGCAAUGCCCAAUCACUUGAUUGGGAAACUUGCGCCAGCCCUGUCCAGCCUGUCCUGCAGACUUCUGUUGAGGCAGGAUGCCGUUACUGCCUGUGGAGACUGCCAAACCUCCCGGGCCAAUGCAGAGGGGGGAGACUACAGGCACUGGCCAAUGGCAAGUGAGAGCUGCCUAUUAUUAGGCAAAAUGUCUCCCAAUAACUGAGGCAGGGAAUUGCUAAACUUGAUAUGUUAGCAAUUUUAGUCAAUGAGUGCUUGGGCCAGUGGAAGUGCCAUGGCCAAUGCGAAAUAGGAAUAGGAUGGUAAAUUUAGGGGCAACCAUGAAAAGUUUAUCAUACCCAUAGUUACUAGAGGGGUGGAUACGCAGGACUACAAGGGAGCACUCUUAACCAUUCCUUGCAUUCCUUACUGCCAGAGGUACGUAGUUAAUGUGCAAAAAAAUAGUGGGAUAGUAAAUUUUUUGUUGUAACUUAAAUAUAUAAGUAGACAAUCACAAGUGAGGAGUGAAAACAGCAUUUUGGUUUGUUCUAAAGCCCUUAACCCCUUGUUAGCUUACAGAGCUUUUGGGACUUAUAAUUUCUGCUGUAAAAAAGAUAUUUGAAUACAGAUAGUAGAUGGUGCCUGAUAAUUGGUAACCAAGUGCCCUACAGUUAGGCAUUUGAAAGAAAUUACCGUGUAGGUUCAGAUUCCGGACACACUCGUGGAGUUAAAGGAAUAAUGUGGGUAGGAGCCAGGCAUGUGUACAUAACACAUAGCAAUUACAGAUUUCCUUUGGGUAAAAUGGUAUGUAAAUGAGUCAAUGCUUGUAAAACCUAACACGUGGUAAUUGCCAGGUAAAUUUACUCAUCUUAGGCCAAACCCACUGCUGUGUAGUCGACUCCAACUCAUAGUGACCCUAUAGGACAAAGUAGAACUGCCCGAUAGAGUUUCCAAGAAGCACCUGACGGAUUCGAACUGCCGACCUUUUGGUUAGCAGUCCUAGCACUUAACCAGUAAGCCACCAGGGUUUCCCGUCUUAUGGCAGAUGGUCAGAUUGUUAAUGGUACCUGCAUGUUAUCCAUAUUUUCUGACUAACAGGUAGGAUGACUAUAAUUUAUCCUUCAAACCCUCAUUUGAAAAGGAAAAGGGAUAGAAUUAUGCCUUCACGACAGGCAUAAAUCCUGUUGUGGACCAAGGUGGGUGGUCACCCUGCGAACAGGUAAUUCUGCCAGAUUGUGUUGAGAUUGUCAACAUUCUUUCCAAACCGUGAGUAGCAUAUCAAAAAAAAAAAAAAAAAAAGCAUAUCAAGGGCCUGGUUAAAAAAACGGACUCAUCCAAUUUGCAUCAAUGUCACCACUGACUCGUGGUGACCCCAUGUGUCAGUAGAACUGUGCUCCAUUCGAUUUUCGAUGGCCGAUUUUUCAGAAGCAUAUCACCAGGCCUUUCUUCGUAGGCACAUUUGGGUGGGCUCCAAAUUUCCUGUUAGCAGCUGGGCAUGUUAACCCUUUGCACAAGAAAUUAGCUGUAAGAAAAAUUUAGUAAUGUGUCAAACUACCAGGACUAACAGGAAUACAAGCUGAAGAAAAUAAUUGAAUAUGGGAAGGCGUGCUACUAGUGGACUGACUGGAAGUCAGGAGACUCGAAUUCUGGUUCCGGCACUGCCACUAACUGGAUUUGGGGAGUCUUUCUUAGCUUCAACUUCCAGCUCUGUAAAAUGAGAGUUGGAAGUAGAUGCCGUCUGUACACUGAUGCAUACUGAACACAAACUUUUCAAGGGAACUGAGCUGAGGAGAGUGGAAGAGAACACCAUCUUGCUCGUCUUAAAGGAAAACUUGAAAAGCUGGGCCCAGUUACACUUAAAUUUCCCACAUUUAUUAGUUCCCUCCCUUCCCCCACAUCUCCCACUCCUCGCGCAUAGUUGGUCUCCUGGUCACCGCUAACCUAAAGGUCCCCGACUGGUCAACCCAGAGGGGAUGAGAACAAUACCGUUUGUGUUGCUGGGGCCUCAACAGUGGCAUCACGUAACAAUGCGCGCAGGUUCAGAGGGAACCCCCACCAGGGCCCUCAUUCCCACCAGAAAUACUUUCCCGGGUUGCGGUAGUUGGGAUGGCGCACUUGUGCGCGUGUCCUCUGCGGCUGGAAAAGGGCUUUAUUUUGGAUGGGGUGGCCGUGAGCAGCAUGGCUCGAAUCUAUGAGCGCACGAGGCCCAAACUCUGGUCUGCAAUCCCGCCUUACAACGCGCAGCAGGACUACCACGCCCGCCGCUACUUCCAGAGCCACGUGGUUCCGCCCGUUUUGCGGAGAACUGAACAGGAUCAUGGUGGUACAGGAAGGGACGGCUGGAUAGUAGAUUACUUCCAUAUCUUUGGGCCAGGACAGAGAUACCUCAACAGGAGAAACUGGGCAGGGGCAGGGCAUUCCUUCCAGCAGGUGACUGGGCAUGACCACUACAAUGCAGAUCUGAAAAUGUUCAAGGGAUUCAAUGGUCAGUUUGGCUACCGACGGAACACCCCAGCCCUUCGCCAGCGCACAUCCGUCUUUGGAGAGGUCACCCAAUUCCCUCUCUUCUAACAACAUCUCUUCUCUUCACAGCCCUCAACUUGAAUUUCUAAGACAGAUGUUUAGAUAAGCUCCAAACGUUAUUUUAUAUUAAAAAAAAAUGUUAUUCCUGCCUCCAAGUGUGCAGUUUCUUCCUUGAGGUUGGGGUGGGGACUAAAUUAGUUCCAACAUCCUCAGCUUCUGUACUCCAUGGAGAUGAGAUGAGAGCAGAGAUGGCUUCUCAGGCCUACACCCUUACACUGCAUGACAGGCUUGAAAGGAGAUGCCUCAGUUCUCUCCCGCCUUGUGAUAAGAAGAAACAAUACUACUUAAAUCCAUUGCCCUUGAGUAGAUUCUGACUCAUAGUGACCCUAUGGGACAAAGUAGAACUGUCCCACAGGGUUUCCAAGGAGCAGCUGGUGGAUUCAAACUCCUGACCUUUUGGUUGGCAGCCAAUCUCUUAACCACUGUGCCACCAGGGUUCCCAAGACUGCUUAGCCCUCAACAAAGCACUUCCCAGUUUUCAGCAGGGCCCCAGGUUGGAAACUGGCUACUGUUUCCACCAAGAAUAGAAUAGGCAGCACAACUGCAGGGAUUGGUGUUGGCUGCCCUAAGAAGGAUUUCCUGAUUUUCCCGAUAGGGUAUUCCCACCAAAAAUAACUGACAUCUUCCUUUUCCUUUCCACCCUCAACUCAUUAGAAGGCAGGGGAUGAACAAGAUGAAAUCUAGGGGUGCUUUUUAGCCUAAGGAUUCUGACACAGUGAUACUGUGCUUGUGGGUAGCUGGGGACUGUGGAGUAAAAUCUCUCUGCUAUGGUAGUUUCCUUUUCAGCUAGUUUCCAGGCUGUCACUUUCCAGGAUGUCCCUUUUCAAGCACCCCCACCCAGUUUAUUGGUGGCCAGGAGAAAAGCCAAAGCAGAUGAUGGAUACAAAAGAAGGUGGAGCUUUAGAACACAAGCUUGCCAGAGUCCCAGUGUGGGUGGAACCUGAUUGUUUUGAGUCACCAUAAAUAGACAAGGAGGAGACCUCUAGAAGGACCUGGGGGUAUAGCUCAGGGGUAGAGCAUUUGACUGCAGAUCAAGAGGUCCCUGGUUCAAAUCCGGGUGCCCCCUUCCGAGUACCUUUUUCCCUGACGUCCUCCAGAGAACAAGGAACUUUCAACUUAUUCGUGUCCUGAAAUACUAGUUUUUCCCACAUUCCAAAUGACAGCUUAGGACAGGCCCCGUAGAUUGCCCAUCCCCCACUCCACCACACCCAGGACUUCAAUUAAGACAAAGUCCCUGAGGCGAUUCUAAAUUUAAGAUUAGAUUUGAGGGUUGUGAACAUAAUUUGGCCAUCUCUCCUGUCCCUGUAAAAUUAGAGAUGUUCAUUCAACACAUAUUUAUGAGAGCUUAGGGUUCUGGGUAGUAGAUACAAGAUGUAUUGAACCAAAAAUUAAAGAGUAUCCCUGUCCUCUGGGAGUUUUCAGUCUAGUCCAAAAAACCAAACCCACUACCUUAGGGUCAAUUCUGACUCAUAGUUUCCAAAGAGUGGCUGGUGGAUUCAAACUGCUGACCUUUUGGUUAGCAGUUGAGUGCUUAACCACUGCACCACUAGGGCUCCUUUCAGUAGGAGUUGACGUAUUCUCAGGUGGCUGUAAGAGAAACUCAACAAGAGCAUUUGAACCCACCAGCAGCUCUGCAAGAGAAAGACCUGGAGAUCUGCUCCAAACCCAUGGGGCAGUUCUGCUUUGUCAUGUGGGGUCACUAUGAGUUGAAGUCAACUCUGUGGUGCCUAACAACAACAACUACUCAAAAAUAAGAGUUGCCCAAUCUUCCGUGGAAACCCUGGUGGUGCAGUGGUUAAGUGCUACGGGUCCUAACCAAAGGGUUGGCAGUUUCAUCCAUCAGGUGAUCCUUGGAAACUCUAUGGGGCAGUUCUACCCUAUCCAAUAGGUCGCUAUGAGUCGGAAUCAACUCAACGGCGAUAGGUUUGGUUUUGGUUUUCAAAUAUUUUCCACCACAAAACUAUGGCACCACUGACUUUUGGAACCAUUUCCUUCCUUCUAAUCUCUGGUGUCAAUCAGGAUGGAGCCCUGGAGGAGAAGUUACUAUGGGUAUUAAUAACAUUGUAGAUAGAAUUGUUAUAAUUUAUUGAGCACUUACUGUCUGCCAGGCACUAUGUGCAAAACAGUAUUGAAUCUAAAUCCCACAACAACCCUGGACACUAGGUUGUAUUAUGCUUAUUUUAGAGAUGAGAAAAAGUCCUCAGAGAGGUUAUAAACCUAACUUAUACAUGAUAGAAUGGGAACUCAAACUCAAAUCAAAGCCAUUGCCUUUUCAAGUACACAGUUCUCUUUAUUAUUGUACUAUUAUUAAUACUAUAUUAAUGAUUACUACUAUUUCUAAGACGUUAUGCCCCAAGGAAACACCGUGGUCAACUUUUGACUCCAAAACACAGGGCCUUUAAGGAUGCAUGCAUGCGCAUCCAUUCAUUAUUUAACAACACUUCAUUGAGCAACUACUACGUGCCAGAAACUGUACUAUGUGCAUAAGGGACACAAAGUGAACAAAGGUCUCUACCCUUAUGGAACGCACAGGGAUACAAACAAGUGAACAGGCAUAUGGUGUGAGAAGACCUAAGAGAACCUAAGAGACAGGAUAAAGAAAAACAAAAGUAUCCCCUGAGAAGGGUACAGAAAAGUAAAAUCAGGAGAAUGGUAGGGAGAAGUCAAGGAAAAAGUGCUUCAAUAAGAAGGGAGUGGUCAUCAAUAUCAAAGGCUAAGGGGUGUCAAGAUGCAGAUGAAAUAUGUCCUUUUGGAUUUAAAUACAAGGGAUUAGUGAAGACCAUGAGGAGAAUCAAUGAGGUUAAAUGGAAGAUGAAGCAGAAGCAGGCCCUGAAUGGAGAUAAUUUCGCUUGGCUUGGUUAAGUUUGAUUAAGAAGGAGAGGAUAGGGCAGCAGCUGGGGGGAAGAAAUAAGUAUUUUUUUAAGGAUAAAUUGAGCACGUUUAAAAUGCUGAGGACAAAGAACCAAUAUGGAGGGAGACUGAAGAUAUAGGAGGGAGGAAUCAAGCAAUAGGGAGGUCUCCCAGAAUGGGAGGGAUGGGAUCUAGAGCACAGAUGAGCAUUCGGGCCUUAGGAGACACGCCUCUUCCACUGUAACUGAAAGGAAAGAAAAUGGGGACAUUGGCAGAUUCUGCGGGUUUGGUGAACGCAGGCUGAUGGAAGUUCGGCCUGAUGGCUUCUAUUUAUUUUUGUAAAGUAGGCCUGAAGUAAGGGGUUGACCGUGGGUCGAGGUUUAAAUAGAGCGCUGGCUUGAAAAGCCGCUUUGGAGAACUGGGGUGUGUGAAUGUUGCGGAUUAUAGUGGGGAGGUGGCCUGGGCUGGUGCACACCGGAGUCUAGCCAGGGAGAUACUGAGUUGAGCUUCGAGAAGGAGGCCAUGGUGCACUGUCAUGGCAACAGAACCGGGGGAGAGGCCCAUCGCUUCUGUAACUGAACAGAGCUGUGGCAUUUAAACUGACAGUCCAGGAGAACAGCUGCAGUACAGAUCCGAAGUGGCCAA